GGGCCAAGAAAAAACUCCAUUUUUAAUGGGAUUAGCCGAAAAGAAGUGGCAGUCCUGUGUAAAGUGAAAGCUCGUGUGAUAUUUCUCUGAGGCUCUUCUCCCACUCCAUCUCCCAACUCUUAUCAAUCUCUAUAGAAAACGACAACACUUGAGAGAGGCGAGAGCACUGAAGUCUGCACAAGUCAUCCAUGGCAUCCACUCUUUACCACUUCCCAAGCUUUAACUCUCUUCACCCAUAUAAGCUCGUCUUCUUGAACCAAAGAAAACAGCAAGAACUCAGGCUGGGCUGGUAUAGCCAACAAAACCCACCUCACAAACGCUGCAGAUUUCGAGUUUCUUCUAUUAGGAAAUCCAGUAGAAAAGUGAAAGACAAUGCGGAGCUCUGCAAAGAAAUCCGAGAGUUCAUGGCUGUGGUUGGACUUCCGGAGAGUCAUGUGCCCACCAUGAAAGAUUUUUCCCAGCAUGGAAGGAGUGACCUUGCAUACAUUGUUAGGCGAAGAGGGUAUAAACUGAUUGGAGAGCUUCUUGCAAGUACAAUUGAAACAGAUGCAGAAGGGUUUAUUUUGGAGAAAGGGGAAACUGAAAAUAAAAAUGCAGUAGAUGGUGAUGGUGAAGUUAAGGUAACAGGUCAGGAUGAGAAGGACAGCGUUGUGAUUGGAGAUUUUCCAUCAUCAGUUGAAGCUUCUGUGGUGGGAAACCGUUCUGGCAGUUUGGUUCUGGAUACAAAUACCGAGUCAGAUGACUAUUGUCAUGUGCCUGUAGAAGGAUUAAAAGGUUACAAUGAGAAGAGUUAUGAUAUAAAUGAAGAUGGUUCUUUAGCAACUGAAGUUUCCAGUAUGGAAAAUCAUUUUGCUAGUUCAAGUAGUGCUCCAGUUUUCGACUCUGAAAACCAUAUUCGAGAAGAAAAGCCUGGACCUGCAGAAGCAUCUUUGUAUCGUUUAGAAGUUGACAAUGAGAAGAGUCAGUUAGCUAGUUCUAAUAUUAGUCCAGGUUUUAAUUCUUGCAUUGAUAAUCAAGAAAAUGAUUUAACUGGUGGGGAUGAAAUGUUGAACACGGCUGUAGAAUCUGUUGAUAGUUUGCAUGUGGAGAAAAAGAUCUUGCAAAACUCACAGAUUGAGGAUAACAGUAAGGCCGAAGAGUUUGCCUUGGAAAAGGACACUCUGAUUACAGAAAAGCAUCUCAGCAGUUCAAACAUGGACGCGGCUUUCAAAUCUGGUGAACAUAGUUCUGUACCUGUAGAUCUUUCAGCUUUAUCUUUGGAUGAAAAGGUGGCAAAUUUCAUGCACUAUGGACAUCUAGAUACAGUUGAAGAUAAUUCCUCUGGCAUACUAAAUGAGACUGGUACUGAAGAAAGCCAGGGAUAUAUUGAAUGUGUAGAUGCAGACGAAGUUCAAUCUGCGGCUUCUACCUCUGAGCACUCGGAAAAUGUGCUCAGUGGAGGAAAUGUGACUAUAACAUUGAAUGGGAGUUCUACAAAAUCUACACAAGCUGUGCCUGCUGUAGCAGGGAACCGUUCUCUUAGAGAUGAGAAUUUAUCAGCUGAAGAGGAAAGUACUCAGUUCAAUAAUAAUUGGGAUAUUAAGACUAUCCAAAAGGGGAAGCCUGUUGGGAUUAGUGAGCUUAAGUUCAUGCUGCAUCAAAAGGAACAGGAAUUAUCUCGGCUGAAAGAGCAAAUUGAGAAACAAAAGAAUGAUUUGUCAGUUUUGCAAGCCAAGGCUGAUACAGAAAUCAGUAAAGCCCAAAAACUCAUUUUUGAAAAAGAUGCAGAAUUACAGGCUGCUGAAGAGACUCUUUCAGGACUAGUGGAGGUUGAGAUAAAGUAUUGUGGGGAUGGUGAAAUUGUGGAGGUGACUGGUAGCUUUAAUGGUUGGCAUCAUUGUAUCAAAAUGGAUCCAGACCCUCAAUCAACUAUCACAGAUCCCUCUGGACCCAGGAAAUCCAAACUUUGGUCAACAGUGCUGUGGCUUUAUCCUGGGGUGUAUGAGAUUAAAUUCAUCAUUGAUGGCCACUGGAAGAUUGAUCCGGAUAGAGAGUCGGUUACCCAUGGUGACAUAUGUAACAACAUUCUCCGAGUUGAGGGCUGAAUGAUAUUGGCAGGAAGGAAAUCUGUCAAUUUGUCUAGUGUAGAGGUAUACAGGUCGGCUACAUAACACAUUUAUAGGAACGGUGAAAAAGUAUACCAUCUCGUGGAAGAAUAUGAAAGCUGAAAGGGCAUCAUGAACAUGAAACAUAUAAGAUCAUGCAGUUGUUGAAUCAAGAGCUGUGAUUUCGAUUAUUCUCCUUGCAUUACACCCGUUAAAGCCGGUUUUUAUGGCUUCAUCAAGAGCUCCUCACUGAAAAGUGAUGACUGAAUAGGGGAAAGCUAUUAAUGGCUGCUGCUGUUGUACAUAAUGCAUUGCUAGAGAAGACCUUUUUCUUUUUUCUUCAGUUUGCAGAGAUUUGUUUGGUUUGAAUAAGCACAAUUCGAUAUUAGCAGAAUUCAAAGUCAUAAUUUUCAAAAAUGACAUUUAUGGUUACGAACAGGUUUGACUGCAUGUUAAAGCGUCAAAAUUAACGAGUCUUCUUUGAAGAUGUAGAUUUUCCA